UGUUAUUAAAACCUUUCUUUGGAUGAAGAACAUCUUCGCUUCCACCACUUUAUGAGAGAGAGACAGAGAGAGAGAGAGAGAGAGACAGAGAGAGAGAGAUGGAGCUCACUCAACAUGGUUUCUUGGAGGAGUUACUGGCUCCUAGAAGAGACAACACUUGGAACACUUUUCCUAAUGGAGUGAACGAGUUCUUCCCUAGUGGGUGGAACUUCGAUUCUUUGGAAGAGAACCCAAAUCCUCCAUUUGUAGGAUACUCCACACCCUUUGACUGCCCUUUCAGUGGCCAAGCCUACCCUUUUCUUGAUGGAUUCACAGAGAUUGAAACACCAUACACCAAGAACGACAAGCCACCAUUUCCAUCCCAAGAGGAUUACCCAUCGAUGGUGGAGGAUGAAGACCUCGGUUUUCUUGGCAGUGAAAAUCAAAGCAUGGAAGAGAACAAUAAUGGCUGCAAAGUUGAGAUGGAACAAGCUGCUGAUGAUAUCCCAUCUGCUUUCAACAUGGUGGGUUUGUGUGGGGAGAAAAGAAGUAAGGCCAAGAAGUUGGAAGGGCAGCCCUCUAAGAAUCUUAUGGCAGAAAGAAGGCGAAGGAAGCGCUUAAAUGACCGACUUUCUAUGCUCAGAUCAAUAGUCCCUAAGAUAAGCAAGAUGGACAGAACAUCUAUACUUGGAGACGCCAUAGAUUAUAUGAAAGAGCUUCUGGAAAGAAUCAAUAAACUGAAAGCAGAAAACAUGGAAGAUGGUACAGAUCAGAUUGACUUAAUGCGCUCCAAGGAGCUAAAGCCAAACGAAGUGUUGGUGAGAAAUUCCCCCAAGUUUAAUGUGGAGAGGAGGGACAUGGAUACCCGGAUCGGGAUAUGCUGUGCGGCUAAACCAGGAUUGUUGCUAUCAACAGUGAACACUUUAGAAGCACUAGGCCUUGAGAUUCAACAGUGUGUUAUAAGCUGCUUCAAUGAUUUUUCAGUGCAUGCUUCUUGUUCUGAGGGAGCUCAGGAGCGAGCAUUGAUAAGUUCUGAAGACAUAAAGCAAGCAUUGUUUAGAAAUGCAGGUUAUGGAGGAAGAUGUUUGUAGAAGAAAAGGAUGAGAAGAGAAUGUGGGGGUACUUGAAAGGGCUUGAAGAGAUAAAAGGAGUCAUGCGAGCAUCGGAUUUCAUGGAAACAAUCUUAAGUUGCUCUUCUUCAAGGAAUUUUGCAAGUGAGAAGUUGUAAUAAUAUUCUCUUUGAAUAAGUGUUGCUCAUUCAUCAGGUCCAUCUCACAGCCUAUUAUGUAUUGUCCAGUACUGCUUCUUUUCUUUUCUUUUUUUCUUUUCUUUUUUUGUCAAUUUUAAGGAUAUUUGUUCCUAGUCUAACUCAAUUGAUAUACAAAUAAAUAAAUAAUAAAAGAAGAAGUUUGUCAAAAAA